AUGACUAACUCUGACUAUACACUUUAUCAAUUCCCUACUUCCCGUCCCACCCUUGCAGCCCUUGCUAUCCGAAAAAACACUAUUUCCACCCUUGGUAUUUCGUCGCAUUCCACCUCUAAUCUUUGCAUUGUUCAAUGCAGAGAUCGUGUCUCUAACAGAAAGAUUUUUCUUAUUUCUGUGUACAUAGAACCUCGACAUGACGUAUACAAUACUUUAACUAACUUAGAACAAUUUAUUUUAUGUAAUAAUAACGCAUCAUUUCUAAUCUGCGGAGAUUUUAACGGCUGGCACGGUUUAUGGGGUUCUAGAGCUAACAAUGAUAGGGGAGAUCUAAUCUUUGACCUUAUCUGCAAUAAUAAUUUCAUUAUACAUAACACAGGCAACUCACCUACAUUCCACACAGUCACACACCAACUUCCACGCCAAUCAAUCAUAGAUCUCACACUCACUAGUAAUUGCUCACACAUUCAUAUAAAUAAUUGGUCAGUUAAUUCCGGUCUAAUAAUCAGUUCAGAUCAUUUUCCUAUUACUUUCAAAGUUUCAUUUAAUAACAUUGCAUUAACUAAAAACAAAAAACUCUCUACAUUUAGAUACAACACAACCUUCAUUCGUUGGAAGGACAUACAGGACAAAUUUGCAGAUGAGGUCGGGAGGGAGCUCCCCUCCGUAGAGGCCAUAAACUCCGCGAACUCACAUGACCUAGAUAAUAUUAUUAACAAACUUACCUCGACUUUACAAAAGACAUGCGACAAGUUACUCCCCCGGUCCCGUCAUGCCCCUCCCAAAGCUCCCUUCUGGAAUGAAAAUCUACAGUUAUUAAAAGAAAAGGUUCUUCACGCACACCACAGGUUGUGUCGAUUCGUACGACGCAAACUACCCCUGAACGAGGUUAUCGCUGAGAGGGAUAGAGCUCGAAGAGAGUAUUCGAUUGCUUUCUGCGCUGCCUCUACUGAACAUUUCAGAGAAUUUUGCACCAGGCAAACUAAAGAGGAUGUCUGGUCCGUUACUAAUAGAAUCAUUAAAACCAAACCCCUUUCCCAACCACCCUCUACCCUCCGCCUCAGUGACGGCUCCUAUACUUCUUCUACAUACGACACUGCUGACGCUCUUAUAAACAAUUUUUUCCCCGACGACACUAAUGACGUAACUGACACUCAAACCGCUAUUAGGGCAUUAAUGAGUCAAUCUAUUAAUACUCCCUCCGAACCUAACUUUACCUUAACUGAAAUACUUAAUGGACUCCGACAAAUGAACAAUAAAAAAGCCCCAGGAAUUGACCAUUUGACCUCUGACAUAUGUUUACAGUUUGCCACUAGCUUUCCCGAAUUCAUUACAGCUUUAUAUAACAAAUGCCUCACGCUACAACAUUUCCCACGUCCCUGGAAACACGCUGUAAUUAAAAUCAUCCCUAAACCCGGCAAAGAUAAUUACUCCCAACUAUCCUCCUUUCGCCCUAUUGGACUCAUUAAUGUCCUCGGAAAACUACUCGAAAGACUUAUAAUUGACCGACUUACCUUUCACCUUAAUCGACUACAACUUAGCAACCCUAGACAGUUCGGGUUUAAACAGCAGACUUCCACCUCUACAGCAAUUAUUACCGCUCUAGAUUUAAUUAGAUCUAAGAAGGCUAACGGGGAGCACGUUAUCGCUGUCUCCCUCGAUAUUAAAGCCGCGUUCGAUAAUGCGUGGUGGCCUGCUGUUUUUGCCCGUUUACGACACUACGACUGCCCUAGUAAUAUAUAUUAUAUACUCCUUAGCUAUGUACAAAAUAGAACAGUAGGCAUUGACUUUUCCGACAUAUCUGCGACUAAGACUAUGUCUAGGGGUUGCGUUCAGGGUUCCGUAUGUGGUCCCACUAUGUGGAACCUAAUUAUGGACGAACUACUUGACAUUGACCUCCCCACUGGUUGCCACAUUCAGGCCUACGCUGAUGAUGUCCUACUCAUCACUCACUCAACAUCCCUCUCCGACUUACAGACUAUAACUAACAAUGCACUUGACUUAAUCUAUAACUGGGGUUCAAACGUUAAAUUACGCUUUGGCCCUGACAAGACAACCCUAACCGCGUUCACUAAUAGGGCAAACUCAGUUAGCGUUAUUAUGAAUAAUGUACAGUUAGAAUUUGUAAGUAGUUUUAAGUAUUUAGGUAUAAUCAUAGAUAAUAAGUUUAAAUUCACUUUGCAUUCAACGUAUAUCAUCGAAAAAGCUAAGAAAUUGUUUCAUAAAUUAUUAUUAUUUACUCGGCCCACUUGGGGCAUCCAUUCCGACAACAUACGCACUAUUUACGAGCAAGUAAUUAUUCCUAUUAUCUGUUACGCCGCUAACAUCUGGUCUAAUUCAUUAAAAUAUAAAUUCAUAGCUAAAAAAUUCUUAUCACUACAACGUUUAUUUGCUAUUAAGAUAGUACAUGGUUUCCGCACUCUCAGCACUAUUACUUCUAUUUCCUUAGCUCAACUUAUCCCUCUCCCUGAAAAGAUAAAGUCCGUCGCCACCAUCGAAACCUCUAAACACCUUGGUUACUCCUCUUUCCUUCCCUCUGAUAUUCCACUAGAAAAACCUUCUCCCCCGUCGUCUCUAUUACAUCCGUCCCUUCGCACACCUAUCACCUUCACCGAGAUUAGCUCGAUGGAGGAAUUCUCAUCCCUUAGUAUAAAUUAUUCCUACCAUAUAUUCACAGAUGGCAGUAAACACGAUGGCGUUGUUGGCGCGGCAUUUGUGGCAUUUGAUCCAUGCGAAGUUUACGUCACUAAAAAGUUUAAGUUACACCCUUCUUGUUCUGUAUUUCAAGCUGAAAUGCUUGCAAUCCACAAAGCAUGCGAGUGGAUUGCCUCCAAUAGUAAUAACAUUAACUCCUGUAUCAUUUUCUCAGACAGUAAAUCUUCUCUACAAGAAUUAUCAAACCCAUAUUCAUAUAAUACUUUUGCCGUUAACAUCUUUCACCUCCUACAUACCUUAUCGUCUAGCAAUAUUAAUGUCGGCUUCGCAUGGGUCAAGGCACACAUCGGCAUAGCCGGCAACGAGAUCGCUGACAUUGCUGCGAAAUCUGCUGCCUCCCUUCAUAAAUCACCUGACUUUGUUCACACCCCUAUUUCCCACAUUAAACUACUAUUACGCGACUCACUUAUGGACUCGAGGAAAUUAUUCUACGAACAACCACUUACCUCAUGUCAUACUAAAAAAUACCUUCCGACAUUUGAUGACCUCUCCGCAUUCCUCUCUGUUAUUAAACCCUCUUUUGCCAUAACUCAAUUUCUUACAAAUCACUCCUUCAAUAAAUCUUACCUUCAUAGAUUCAACAUAACGCCCGACGAUCUCUGCCCUUGUGAUAGUGCUGAGAAACAAACAUUUGAUCAUCUAAUAUUCUCCUGUCCACGAUUUAGUAACACCCGUUUAGAUUUCUAUAUUUCUUGUAAUAAUUUUAAAAUUGACGCACAACAACCUUUGUUUUUAACCAAAGUAAUCAAGAAAUGUGAAACAACAGAUUUAUUCGUUAAACAUAUAGAAAAUAUUGUAAAUAACCUUAAAGCAUUUAAUAAUACCUAG